AUGGAUCGUCUCUUGCGACUGAGCAGCGGCCUGCAGAAUCUGAGCGGGGGCGCCUCCCAGACGGAUGGCCCGGUGGUGGACACCGCCGAGCAGGUGUACAUCUCCUCGUUGGCGCUGCUGAAGAUGCUGAAGCACGGACGUGCGGGCGUGCCCAUGGAGGUGAUGGGGCUGAUGUUGGGCGAGUUUGUCGACGACUACACUGUCCGCGUCAUUGACGUCUUUGCGAUGCCCCAGUCGGGAACGGGCGUCAGCGUGGAGGCCGUCGACCCGGUCUUUCAGGCGAAGAUGCUCGACAUGCUCCGGCAGACUGGCCGCCCGGAGAUGGUCGUCGGCUGGUAUCACUCCCACCCUGGCUUCGGCUGCUGGCUCUCCGGCGUCGACAUCAACACGCAGCAGAGCUUCGAGGCGCUCAGCGAGCGGGCGGUGGCCGUCGUCAUCGACCCGAUUCAGUCGGUGAAAGGCAAGGUGGUGAUUGACGCCUUCCGCCUGAUCAACCCCAACACGAUGGUGCUCGGACAGGAGCCCCGCCAGACCACCUCCAACCUGGGCCACCUCAACAAGCCGUCCAUUCAGGCGCUGAUUCACGGCCUCAACCGCCACUACUACUCCAUCGCCAUCAACUACCGCAAGAACGAGCUGGAGCAGAAGAUGCUCCUUAAUCUGCACAAGAAGUCCUGGAUGGAAGGGUUGCAGCUGAAGAACUUCAAAGAGCACUGCUCCACCAACGAAUCUACGGUGGUGCACAUGCUGGAUCUGGCAAAAGCGUACAACAAGUCAGUGGAGGAGGAGGACAAGCUGACGCCCGCGCAGCUGGCCAUCAAGAACGUCGGCAAGCAGGACCCGAAGCGUCACCUGGAGGAAAAUGUGGACGCGCUGAUGACCAACAACAUUGUACAGUGCCUGGGC